AUGGCAGCCGCACCGGACGAGCGCCACCGCUUCCUGGAGAGCUUCGCCACGCAGCUGCUGCGGGUCCGGCCCGACAAGUGGAGCGAGUUUAUGGGCAGCGAUGAGGCUGCUGACAAGCUGGACACGUUCUUCAAGCAGCAGGACGUGGUGGAGCUGGUGCUGGGGUUGAACCCUGCUGGGCAGCUCCUGCCAUCCAACCACUUCCCAGCUGCCCUCAAGGGCAAGGGCAUCUACUUUGUGAAGAAGAAGAAGGAGAACAUCACCCGGGAGAACUAUCAGAGCGGGCUGCUGGUGGGAGACAUCAGCCCCUCACCAGUGGAGCAGCUCAUCACUGUGGUAGAUGAGGUCAUCUCCCCCCUGCUCCUGAGUGAAGAGAAUGUAGAGGGCUGGCCCAGGGUGGUGGUGGAAGACAUUACACAACAAGUACACCAGCUGAAGAAUGAGAUGUUCGUGAUGGGUGGGAAGAUGCAGGGGAAGAUUCUUCUCCCGUUGCCAGAGCACCUGGACCAGGAUAUCCCCAGCAGUGUCCUGCACUGCUCAUCAGGGCCUGUGGGCAGCUCAGCGCUGCACGACAUCGAGACCACCAUCAUGGAGUGGUCCCACCAGAUCAGAGACAUCCUGAGCAAGGACUCAGUGCAGCCACUCCUGGAGGGGCAGUACCCCCUGCCAAAGACCGAGUUUGAGUUCUGGCACACCAGGACCCUCACCCUGCAGUGCAUCAAUGACCAGCUGCUCCUGCCCCGAGUGACAGCGCUGGCCAAGGCACUGGAGAAGGCUGACAGCUGCUACUGGCAGGUGCUCCAGAGCACGUUCAGGGACGUCAGUGCUGGCCUGGAGGAAGCCAAGGAUAUCAGCCUCCACCUGCAACCGCUCCAGAUCCUGCUGGAAGACGCGGAGCAAGUAGAUUACUUUGAGCUGCAGCCCUACUUGGAGCAGAUACUGUGCACCAUCCGUCUCCUCCGGACUCACUGCCAGUACUACAGCUCGCCCUCCCAUGUCCUCAUCAUCCUGCAGGAGAUCUGCAACCUCCUCAUGGACAUGACCUGUAGCUUCCUGACACCUGAGAAUGUGAUGAAGGGGCUGCAAGGAGACAUUGAGGACACCUUCAUGACAAUUAGACUGGCCAUUUCCACCAUAGAGAAGCUCUUUGAGUCCUACAACACUUACUGCUCCAACCUGCUGCCCACACUGUUCCCGGAGGAGCCACAGCUCUCCGAGAUCCCCCCUGCUCUUGCCUUCAAGAGAAUGGACCCCUUCUUCCAAAGGCUCAAGACCAUCGAGGUGAUGGUUUAUACUCUCCAGGAGCUGUACGAGACAGCAAUUGAGUUUCAGAAGCUGGAGAAGACAGAGCUGGGAGGAGUGAGAGGAAACAUCCUUGGGAGCCAAGUGUUUCAAAUCUAUGAGGAGGUCUCUGGACUCAUCAAGGCUUUUGCUGAUUGCAAAUACGAUCCCUUAGAUCCCAAAGAAGAGCAAUGGAACAAAGACUUCGCAGAGUUCCAGAAGAAGAUGCAAGACGUGUACAGGUGGCUGGCCACAAUCUUCUGCCAAGGCUUUCAUGGCUGCAACUGCCUGACAGCUGCUCUGAAGCUGGUGCACAUGUUCGGCUCCCUGCUGGAGCAGCCUUUGAUAAAGGCUGAGGUUUCCCCCUGUUACUCAGCCAUGCUGGGAAUGUUCAGCGCCGAGCUGGAGAACACGAAGGUGCUGUAUGAGGCCCAGGCACAGAGCAAGGAGGGCUUGAUCACCAGCAAAAACAUGCCACCAGUGGCUGGGCAGCUGAAGUGGGCUCUGGACCUGCAGCAGCAGCUGCAGGUGCUACACAAGGACUUGUUCGCCAUCGACCACCCGGUGAUGCUCAGUGCUGAAGCAAAACUGGUGUCCGGGAAGUACGAGGAGCUGCUGGGCCUGCUGCGAGGGUACCGCCAAGACGUCUAUGAGGAGUGGGCACGGGGGGCUGGCCAGGACUGCCACUUCAGCCUGGAGCAGCCCCUCAUCUGCAGGGACCCUGAGUCUUCCCUCCUCAGUGUCAACUUCAGCCAAGAGCUUGUCGCCGUUCUUCGGGAGAUGAAGUACUUGCACUUCCAGCAGCAGCAGGAUAUCCCAGACAGUGCUGAGAGCCUCUUUGCUCAAAAUGAGACUUUCCAAAACUUUGUGGACAACCUGGAGCUCAUUGUUGGCUGGUACAAUAAGGUGAAGCAGAAGCUGCUGCCGGUGGAGCUGCCACUGGUGGCAGAGGAGCUGGAUGCCGUGGACAGCCGGCUGGUCAGUGCUGAGAGCACCCUCUUUUGGCACCACGAAGGGGUCAUGGAAUACAUCCAGGAGAUGAGAGAGAUCUUGCACGAUUUGCAGACCAGGGUCCAGAAAACCAAGUUAAACACGAAAAGUAUCACCCAGCUGCUGGAGGAAUGCUCAGCAGCUCCCAUAUUUGAAAGGAAGGACAAGAAGGAGACAGCGCUCCUGGACCUGGAGAAGAAAGCAAACACCUUAGACAAGCGCUACGCUGCCAUCAGGGACACAGGUGUAAAGAUCCACAAGAUGGUCGAGGAGAACGCAGAUCUGUUUAAGGCUGAUACAUCAUCACAGAUGUGGCUGGAUUAUGUGGGAUACUUAGAUGGAAUUGUGCUGGAUAGAUUCUUCAAUCUCAUCCAAAUAUCUCUGAAGCUGCUGCUCACCAACAUGGACCCUGAGGCCACUGUAGCCCCGUUGUUCGAGGUGCACAUGGGGCUGCAUGAUGGUAGAGUGCAGUUCCGUCCCUCACUGGAGGUGACAGAAGAUGACAGCUUCUUGAAGCUGAUGGAGAGCUUGCUUCAGGAUAUCUUCGGGGCCGCAGCAUGUGUGCCUCGGCUGCUGGAGGGGAAACUCAGCUACAAGAUCACCCUGGAGGACCACAAGGAUCUGAGCAGGAUGCGGGAGGAGGUGGUGACACUGGUGGUCAAUGCCAUGGCAAAAGGCAGUGAGUUCAGUGCCAGCUUUGAUGAGCAAGCUGACCUGUGGCUGCAGGACCCCCAGGAGUUCCUGCAGCAAUUCCUCACCUUGGGCAGUGAACCCAGCCCCGAGGAGCUGGAGCCACCUCCAGGGGAGCCCCUGGCCCCUGGGAUGCCAUCCCUUCAGCUCUUUCAGGAGGAGAUCGACAUGUGUGAGGAGCUGCGCAAGGAGGUGUUGGGGUUUGCCAACAUCGAGGUGUUUGAUGGGUGGCUGCAGAGCGACUGCCGCCCCUUCAAGCAGGCGCUGCUGGCUGCCAUCCAGCAACGGAGCCUGGUGCUGCGCCAGCACCUGGCCAACCACGUCACCACCAGCCUUCAGGAGUUGAAGAGUUUCAUCCAAGAGGCAAAUGCCAGCUUGAGUAAAUCACUGGAGGAGGGAGACUACGACGGGCUGGUGGAAGUGAUAGGCUACCUGGUGCAGGUCAAGGAGAGGAAAGCGACAACUGACACCAUGUUUGAGCCCCUGAAGGAGACGAUUGCCCUGCUCAGCACUUAUGGAGAGGACAUGCCAGAGGAGAUCCACCAGCAGCUCCAGGAGCUCCCGGAGCACUGGGAUGGCACCAAGAAGCUCUCCCGGCGUGCCAGGCAGAUGGUGGCACCCCUGCAAGCCAUCGAGGUCAACAUCAUCCACCAGAAGUGCCAGGAUCUUGAGAUCCGACAGCACACCUUUCGGGAGCAGUUCCGGAAAAAAGCCCCUUUUUCCUAUAGUGACCCAACUCCCUACAAGUCCUUGAACAAGCAACAGAAGGGCAUCGCCGCCAUGGAGAGCGAGAUGGGCGCCCUGUCGAAGUCAGCUGCGCUGUUCGAGGUGUCGGUCCCUGAAUACACGCAGCUCAAAGCCUGCCACAGGGAGGUGCGCCUGCUGAAGGCCCUCUGGGACAUGAUCAUCCUGGUUAACACGACCAUUGAUGACUGGAAGACCACCAGGUGGAAGGAUAUCAACGUCGAGCAGAUGGAUAUCGAUUGUAAGAAAAUUGUUAAAGACAUCUGGAGCUUGGAUAAGGAGACAAGAAGCUGGGACGCGUUCUCAGGGCUGGACAGCAGCAUGAAGAACAUGAUCACGUCCCUGCGCGCUGUGAACGAGCUGCAGAACCCGGCUGUCAGGGAACGGCACUGGCAGGAGCUCAUGCAGGCAACCAAGGUGAAGUUCACCAUGUCUGAGGACACAACCCUUGCAGAUCUGCUGCAGCUGAACCUGCACAACUUUGAGGAUGAGGUUCAUGACAUCGUGGACAAAGCCAUGAAAGAGUUGGGGAUGGAGAAGGUGCUGAACACCCUGGACACUACCUGGGCAACCAUGGAGUUCGAACACGAGCCCCACACCAGGACUGGAAUCCUGCUGCUCAAGAUGGACGAGACACUUAUUGAGACGCUAGAGGACAACCAAGUGCAGCUGCAGAACCUGAUGACCUCCAAGUACCUGUCCUUCUUCCUUCAGGAGGUGUUGAGCUGGCAGCAGAAGCUGUCAACUACCGACUCUGUUAUCGGCAUCUGGUUUGAGGUGCAAAGGACGUGGAGUCACCUGGAAAGCAUCUUCAUUGGCUCUGAAGACAUCCGCAAGCAACUGCCAGAGGACUCAAAGAAUUUUGAUACUAUCGAUCAAGAUUUCAAAGAAUUAAUGGCCGAUGCAGUAACGACUCCCAAUGUCAUUGAAGCUACAAACAAGCCUGGUCUCUACAACAAGCUGGAAGCGCUGCAGAGUAGAUUGGCAGUCUGUGAGAAGGCUUUGGCUGAAUACCUUGAGACCAAAAGACUGGCUUUUCCCAGAUUCUACUUUGUUUCAUCUGCAGACUUGCUUGAUAUUUUAUCAAAUGGGAACAUGCCAGUUGAGGUGUCCCGUCAUCUGCCAAAGCUGUUCGACAGUCUGGCUAAGCUGAAAUUCAAGACAAGUUCAGACAAAAAGCCCAUGAAGGUUGCCCGGGGGAUGUACAGUAACGAUGAGGAGUAUGUUCCCCUGAAAGCAGAAUGUGACUUGUCUGGCCAGGUGGAGGUUUGGCUGAACAGAGUGCUGACCAGCAUGCGCUCCACCCUGCGGCACCUCAUCCCCGAGGCCAUGGUCACCUACGAGGAGAAGCCACGGGAACAGUGGGUGUUUGACUACCCGGCACAGGUGGCUCUGACGUGCUCCCAGAUCUGGUGGACCACAGAAGUUGGCAUUGCCUUCUCGAGGCUGGAGGAAGGCUACGAGAAUGCAAUUAAGGAUUACAACAAAAAGCAGAUUAAUCAGCUAAAUGCACUAAUUUCACUGCUCAUUGGGACCCUCACUCCGGGAGACAGGAUGAAGAUCAUGACAAUCUGUACCAUUGAUGUCCACGCCAGGGACGUUGUGGCCAAAAUGAUCCUAGCGAAGGUGGAGAACGCCCAGGCCUUCACCUGGCAGUCCCAGCUGCGGCACCGCUGGGAUGAGGGGCAGAAGCACUGCUACGCCAACAUCUGCGACGCUCAGCUCCGGUACUCGUAUGAGUACCUGGGGAACACCCCCCGGCUGGUCAUCACCCCCCUGACGGACCGGUGCUACAUCACCCUGACACAAUCCCUCCACCUCAACAUGGGGGGCGCCCCCGCUGGCCCUGCAGGCACUGGGAAGACAGAGACCACCAAGGACCUGGGCCGGGCAGUGGGCAUAAUGGUCUACGUCUUCAACUGCUCUGAGCAGAUGGACUAUAAGUCCUGUGGCAAUAUCUACAAGGGCCUGGCUCAGACGGGUGCCUGGGGCUGCUUUGACGAGUUCAAUCGCAUCGCAGUGGAGGUGCUGUCCGUGAUUGCUGUGCAGGUGAAAUGUAUUCAAGAUGCCAUUCGUGCCAAGAAGAAGAAGUUUAACUUCCUCGGAGAGACCAUCUCUCUGGUCCCGUCGGUUGGGCUGUUCAUCACCAUGAACCCGGGCUACGCCGGGCGGACAGAACUGCCGGAAAACCUGAAAGCUCUGUUCAGACCCUGUGCCAUGGUGGUCCCUGAUUUUGAACUGAUCUGUGAAAUCAUGCUUGUUGCAGAAGGUUUUCUUGAUGCUAAGCUUCUAGCAAAAAAAUUCAUUACUUUGUACACACUCUGCAAAGAGCUACUGUCUAAACAGGACCACUAUGACUGGGGUCUGCGGGCUAUCAAGUCCGUGCUGGUGGUAGCUGGCUCCUUGAAGAGAGGGGACCCUGGCCGUGCUGAGGACCAAAUUCUGAUGAGAGCUUUACGAGACUUCAACAUCCCUAAGAUCGUGACAGAUGACAUGCCUGUCUUCAUGGGGCUGAUUGGAGACCUGUUCCCUGCCCUGGAUGUCCCCAGGAAGAGGGACCUCAGCUUUGAGAAGGUCAUUCAACAAUCGGUGCUGGAGCUGAAGCUGCAGGCAGAGGAGAGCUUCGUGCUGAAGGUGGUGCAGCUGGAGGAGCUGCUGCAAGUUAGACACUCCGUCUUUGUCGUUGGCAACGCCGGCUGUGGCAAGUCCCAGGUGCUGAGGUCACUCAACAAGACAUACAAGAACUUAAAGAGGAAGCCGGUCACCGUGGACCUCGACCCAAAGGCUGUGACCUGCGAUGAGCUGUUUGGGGUUAUUCAUCCAUCCACACGAGAGUGGAAGGACGGUCUGUUUUCUACAGCAAUGCGUGACCUAGCCAACAUCACUCAUAAGGGGCCCAAGUGGAUCAUCCUCGAUGGAGACAUUGACCCCAUGUGGAUUGAAUCCCUGAACACAGUCAUGGAUGACAAUAAGGUGCUCACCUUGGCCAGCAACGAGCGCAUCCCCCUCAACCCCACCAUGAGGCUCCUCUUUGAGAUCAGCCACCUGCGGACCGCCACGCCAGCCACCGUGUCCCGGGCAGGAAUCCUCUACAUCAACCCUGCAGACCUGGGCUGGAACCCCAUUGUGACCAGCUGGAUCGAGAGGAGGACAGUGGCUUCUGAGAAAGCCCAUUUGAUGAUCCUGUUUGACAAGUACCUGCCAAUGUCCCUAGAGAAGGCCAGGUCUGAAUUCAAGAAGAUCACGCCAGUCCCCGAGGUGACAGUGAUCCAGACAGUGCUGUACCUGCUGGAGUGCCUCCUGACGCCACAGAACACCCCACCAGACUCACCCCGGGAGCUCUAUGAGCUCUACUUCGUCUUCGCCUGCGUCUGGGCCUUUGGUGGGGCCAUGUUCCAGGACCAGCUUGUGGAUUAUCGCCUGGAGUUCAGCAAGUGGUGGGUGAGCGAAUUUAAAACCAUCAAGUUUCCUGCUCAGGGGACAGUUUUUGACUAUUAUAUUGAGCCGGAAACAAAGAAAUUCAUGCCCUGGACUGAAAAAGUGCCAAAAUUCGAACUCGAUCCUGAAGUCCCUUUACAGGCCUCCAUGGUGCACACAACAGAGACCAUUCGCAUUCGCUACUUCAUGGACCUGCUGAUAGAGAAGAAGAGGCCAGUGAUGCUGGUGGGGAACGCAGGGACGGGGAAAUCUAUCCUGAUGAGGGACAAGCUGGAAGGGCUCAGCACGGAUGAAUACCUCCUGCAGUUCGUGCCCUUUAACUUCUACACCACCUCGGCCAUGCUGCAGGCUGUCCUUGAGAAGCCCCUGGAGAAGAAAUCAGGGAGGAACUAUGGCCCACCUGGGACCAAGAGGCUGAUCUACUUCAUUGAUGACAUGAACAUGCCACAGGUGGACAAGUAUGGCACUGUGGCACCGCACACACUCAUCCGGCAGCACAUGGACCACGGGCACUGGUAUGACAGGAAGAAACUGACUCUGAAGGACAUUCGUAACUGCCAGUAUGUGGCCUGCAUGAACCCGACUGCAGGGUCCUUCACCAUCGACUCCAGGCUGCAGCGCCAUUUCUGCGUGUUUGCCAUGAGCUUCCCAGGCAAGGAGGCCCUGCUGAUGGUGUACAGCACCAUCCUGGAGCAGCACCUGGACCUGCAGAAGAUGCCAGUGGCUGUCCAGAAGUUGCAACCCCAGCUGGUCGCAGCAGCACUGGCCCUCCACCAGAAGGUCGCCUCCACCUUCUUGCCAACAGCCAUCAAGUUCCACUACCUCUUCAAUCUCCGGGACCUCUCCAACAUAUUCCAGGGCCUGUUGUUCUCCACCCCCGACUGCCUGAAAAGUCCCGUGGACUUGGUGCGUCUCUGGCUCCAUGAGGCUGAGAGGGUGUAUGGGGACAAGCUCGUUGAUGAAAAGGAUCAGAACAACUUUGGGAAGAUUCUGGUGGACACCUGCAAAAAGUUCUUUGCCGAUCUCGGUGAAGACCUGAUGUUUGCCAAGCCCAACAUCUUCUGCCACUUCACUGAGGGCAUGGGAGACCCUAAGUACCUGCCAGUGCCAAGCUGGCCAGCUCUGAACAAGCUGCUGGGAGAAGCCUUGGAGAGCUACAAUGAGGUGAACGCAGCGAUGAGCCUGGUGCUCUUUGAAGAUGCAGUGUCUCAUAUUUGCAGAAUUAAUCGGAUCUUGGAGUCUCCCCAGGGCAACGCGCUGCUGGUGGGGGUGGGCGGCAGCGGGAAGCAGAGCCUGGCGCGACUGGCCGCGUACAUCAGUGGGCUGACCGUGUUUCAGAUUACGCUGAGGAAAGGCUACAGCAUCCCAGACCUGAAGCUGGAUCUUGCCUCCCAGUACAUGAAGGCAGCCGUGAAGAACGUCCCCACUGUGUUCCUGAUGACAGACUCCCAAGUUGCUGAAGAAUCAUUCCUGGUCCUGAUCAAUGACUUCUUGGCUUCUGGAGAAGUACCAGGGCUUUUUCAGGAUGAUGAGCUGGAAGACAUUAUCAGUGCCAUGAGGCCCCAAGUGAAGUUCCUUGGAUUGCAAGAUACAAGGGAAAACUGCUGGAAAUUCUUUAUAGAAAAAGUCAGGCGUCAGUUAAAGGUCAUCCUUUGCUUCUCUCCCGUGGGCUCAACCCUGCGGGUGCGGGCAAGGAGGUUCCCUGCCGUGGUCAACUGCACGGCCAUCGACUGGUUCCAUGAGUGGCCGGAGGAUGCGCUGGUGUCGGUCAGCAGCAGGUUCCUCGAGGAAACAGAGGACAUUGAGCCUGAGGUCAAGAUGUCCAUCAGCAAAUUCAUGUCCUACGUCCACAUGAGCGUUAAGGACAUGUCCAAGACCUACCUGGCUGUAGAGAGACGCUACAAUUACACCACACCAAAGACCUUCCUGGAGCAGAUAAAGCUCUACCAAAACCUGCUGUCGCAAAAACGGGCAGAGCUCACAGCCAAAAUCGAGAGGCUGGAGAAGGGGCUGAUGAAGCUGCAGAGCACAACAUCACAGGUGGAUGAUCUGAAAGCCAAACUGGCGGUCCAGGAGAUAGAACUGAAGCAGAAGAAUGAGAAUGCAGAUAAACUCAUCCAUGUGGUGGGUGUUGAGACAGAGAAGGUCAGCAAGGAGAAAGCCAACGCCGAUGCGGAAGAGGUGAAGGUCCAGGCCAUCAACAAGAUCGUGACUGAGAAGCAACACGCCUGUGAGACUGACCUGGCAAAAGCAGAGCCGGCACUUGUAGCUGCCCAGGAGGCCCUGGACACGCUCAACAAGAACAACCUGACGGAGCUGAAGUCCUUUGGGUCCCCACCCGAAGCGGUGGUGAACGUGACCUCUGCUGUGAUGGUCCUGACGGCCCCCAAGGGCAUCAUACCGAGGGACAGGAGCUGGAAGGCAGCGAAAGUCAUGAUGGGGAAAGUUGACACCUUCCUUGACUCCUUGAAGAAGUUUGACAAGGAGCACAUCCCCGAGGCCUGCCUCAAGGCCUUCCAGCCCUACCAGUCAGACCCGAGUUUUAAUCCCGAGUUCAUCAUGUCAAAGUCAACAGCUGCCGCGGGCCUGUGCUCCUGGUGCCUGAACAUCGUGCGGUUCUACGAGGUGUACUGUGACGUGGAGCCCAAGCGGCAGGCACUGGCAGAGGCCAAUGCUGAGCUGGCUGAGGCACAAGAGAAGCUCAGUCUCAUUAAGAACAAAAUUGCCGGUCUGAACGCCAACCUGGCAGCUCUCACUGCAAAAUUUGAGAAAGCUACAGCUGAAAAAAUCAAAUGUCAGCAGGAGGCUGAUGCAACCAAUGCAGUGAUCACGCUGGCAAACAGGCUCAUCGGGGGUCUGGCAUCUGAAAACGUCCGCUGGGCUGAGUCGGUGGAGACGUUCAGGGAGCAGGAGAAGACACUCUGUGGAGAUGUGCUGCUGGUCUGCGCCUUCGUGUCCUACGUUGGCUACUUCACCAAGAAGUACAGGGUGGAGCUGCUGGAGAAGCUCUGGGUCCCUUUCCUCAGCCAGCUGACGGUGCCGAUCCCCAUCACCCCAGAGCUGGACCCCCUCAGCCUGCUCACCGAUGAUGCUGACGUGGCUGCCUGGAGCAACCAGGGGCUGCCCAGCGACCGCACCUCCACCGAGAACGCCACCAUCCUCUGCAACACCCAGCGCUGGCCCCUGGUGGUGGAUGCCCAGCUCCAGGGCAUCAAGUGGAUCAAGAACAAAUACGGGGAAGAGCUGCAGGCCAUCCGCCUGGGCCAGAAGGGGUACCUAGACAUCAUCGAGCAGGCGGUUUCCGGAGGACAGCCACUGCUGAUUGAGGAUGUGGGUGAGACGGUGGAGCCAGUGCUGGAUCACCUGCUGGGCAGGAACACCACCAAGAAGGGCAGGUACAUAAGGAUAGGAGAUAAAGAAGUGGAGUAUCACCCAAGUUUCCGCCUGAUUCUGCACACCAAAUAUUUCAACCCUCAUUACAAGCCAGAGGUGCAGGCUCAGUGCACCCUGAUCAACUUCCUCGUGACCCGCGAGGGACUGGAGGACCAGCUCCUGGCUGCUGUGGUGGCCAAAGAACGGCCAGACCUGGAGGCCCUGAAGGCAAACCUCACCAAGAGCCAGAAUGAGUUCAAGAUCCACUUGAAGGAGCUGGAGGACUCCCUGCUCGCCCGGCUGUCUGCUGCUGCAGGGAGCUUCCUGGAGGACACAGCGCUGGUGGAGAACCUGGAAACCACGAAGCGCACAGCCAUAGAGAUUGAGGAAAAAGUGAAAGAAGCAAAAGUCACUGAAGUUCAGAUAAACAUCGCCAGAGAAAACUACCGGCCAGCGGCAGAGCGAGCAUCCCUGCUGUACUUCAUCCUGAGUGACCUCAACAAGAUCAACCCCAUCUACCAGUUCUCUCUCAAGGCGUUCAACGGGGUCUUUGAGAAAGCCAUCCAGCAGACAGCCCCUGAUGAGGACAUCAAGCAAAGAGUGAUCAACCUGACAGAUGAGAUCACCUACUCAGUCUACACAUACACCGCACGGGGCCUCUUUGAGAGAGACAAACUCAUUUUCCUGGCCCAGGUUGCCUUCCAGGUGCUGGUAAUCAAGAAAGAAGUGAACCCCCUGGAGCUGGACUUCCUUCUGCGCUUCCCUGCCAAGGCCGGUGUCAUGUCCCCUGUGGACUUCCUGCACCACCAGGGCUGGGGUGCCAUCAAGACGCUCUCAGAAAUGGAUGAGUUCAAGAACUUGGACAGUGACAUCGAGGGCUCAGCAAAGCGAUGGAAAAAGUUUGUGGAGUCUGAGGUGCCAGAAAAGGAGGUGUUCCCCAAGGAGUGGAAGAACAAGACGACCCUGCAGAAGCUGUGCAUGCUGCGGUGCAUGCGGCCGGACAGGAUGACCUAUGCCAUCAGGAACUUUGUGGAAGAGAAGAUGGGGAGCAAGUAUGUGGAAGGAAGGAGCAUUGAUCUCUCCAAAGUGUAUGAGGAGAGCAGCCCCUCCACACCCAUGUUCUUCAUUCUCUCCCCUGGUGUUGAUCCGCUGAAAGACGUGGAGGCCCUGGGCACAAAACUGAACUUCACCAUCGAGAACGGGAAGAUCCACAACGUGUCACUGGGACAGGGCCAGGAGGUCGUGGCAGAACAGGCCCUGGAGCUGGCAGCUGCAGAGGGACACUGGGUCAUCCUGCAGAACAUCCACCUGGUGGCCCGGUGGCUGCGGACACUGGAGAAGAUACUGGAGCAGCACAGCCUGGGCAGCCAUGAUGACUUCCGGGUGUUCAUGAGUGCUGAGCCAGCCUCCAGCCCCGAGUCACACAUCAUCCCACAGGGACUGCUGGAAAAUGCCAUCAAAAUCACCAAUGAGCCACCAACGGGCAUGCAUGCCAACCUGCACAAAGCCCUCGACCUCUUCACCCAGGACACGCUGGAGAUGUGCACCAAGGAAGUGGAGUUCAAGUGUGUCCUGUUCGCGCUCUGUUAUUUCCACGCGGUGGUGGCUGAGCGGCGCAAGUUUGGCACUCAGGGCUGGAACAGACCCUACCCCUUCAACAAUGGGGACCUGACCAUAUCGAUUAGCGUCCUGUACAACUACCUGGAGGCCAACCCCAAGGUCCCAUGGGACGACCUCCGGUACCUCUUUGGUGAAAUCAUGUAUGGGGGCCACAUCACGGAUGACUGGGACCGCCGGCUGUGUAGGACCUACCUGGCUGAAUACAUCCAUGAGGAGAUGCUGGAAGGGCAGGUGUACUUAGCUCCAGGGUUUUUGAUCCCUCCCAGUUUGGAUUACAAGGGUUACCACCAGUACAUCGAGGAGAACCUGCCCCCUGAGAGCCCCUACCUGUACGGGCUGCACCCCAACGCUGAGAUCGGCGUCCUGACCGACACUUCGGACAGGCUGUUCCGGACAGUUCUGGAGAUGCAGCCCAAGGAAUCGGACACUGCAGGAGGCUCAGGUGUUUCCCGAGAGGAAAAGGUGCAAUCAGUCCUAGAUGAGAUCAUUGAGAAGCUGCCGGAGCCAUUCAACAUGGGGGAGAUGAUGGCCAGAGCAGCUGAGAAGACCCCCUACGUUGUAGUUGCCUUGCAAGAAUGUGAAAGAAUGAACAUCUUGACCCAGGAAAUCAGGCGCUCUCUGAAGGAACUGGACUUGGGACUGAAGGGAGAGCUAACGAUUACAUCAGACAUGGAAGAGCUGGCAAAUGCUCUCUUCUACGACAGCGUUCCGGAAUGCUGGACACGUUAUGCCUACCCCUCACUCCUUAGCUUAGGAGCCUGGUACGCAGACCUGCUCCUUCGGAUCAGGGAACUGGAAGUCUGGGCAACAGACUUUGUACUGCCUGCGUCCGUGUGGCUGGCAGGGUUCUUCAACCCCCAGUCCUUCCUCACAGCUAUCAUGCAAUCCAUGGCCAGAAAAAACCAAUGGCCGCUGGACAAGAUGUGUCUUUCAGUGGAAGUGACCAGGAAAAACCGGGAGGAGGUAACAGCUCCACCCAGAGAGGGCUCCUUCGUGCAUGGAUUAUUCAUGGAAGGCGCUCGCUGGGACAUCCCCUCGGGUGCGCUGGCAGAGGCGCGGCUGAAGGAGCUGACGUCCAUGAUGCCAGUGAUCCUCAUCAGAGCCAUCCCCAUGGACCGCCUGGACACCAAGAAUAUAUAUGAAUGUCCUGUCUAUAAGACACGGAUGCGAGGUCCCACCUACGUCUGGACCUUCAACCUGAAGACAAAAGAAAAAGCUGCGAAGUGGAUCCUUGCUGCUGCUGCUCUGCUCUUGGAGAUCUGA